UUUUCUUCCUUCUGGAAUAAAAUGGCUACUCUUAUUUGCCCUGAGCACCCUUCUCCUGUUGCAGAUGCUGAAGCUCUUAGGAAGGCUUUUCAAGGUUGGGGAACAAAUGAGAAGGCAAUAGUAUCGAUACUAGGGCACAGAAAUGCGGUUCAGACGAAGCUGAUCAGAAAAACAUACGAAGAUAUGUACGCUGAAGAUCUUGUGAAACGCCUUGAAUCUGAAUUGUCCGGUGAUUUUGAGAAAGCUAUAUACCGAUUGGUAUUAGAUCCAGAGGACCGGAAUGCGGUUCUGCUUAAUGUCGCAAUCAAACAAAAACCAAUCCCAGAUUACCGGGUAAUUAUAGAAUACUCCACCAUUUACAAUCCUGAUGAGCUUUUGGCCGUGAAACGUGCUUAUCAAACCCGUUACAAACAUUCUCUCGAAGAAGAUAUUGCUGAACAUACCACCGGUGAUCUUCGCAAGCUUUUGGUUGCUUUGGCAAGUCCAUACAAAUACUUCGGGGAUGACAUCAACGUGAAAUUAGCAAAAGUCGAGGCUGACAUUCUCCAUGACAAAGUUAAAGACAAGGCUCUAAACGAUGAAGAGAUUAUGAGAAUCAUUAGUACAAGAAGCAAUGCUCAAAUUGUGGCGACUCUGAACAACUAUAAAGACAACAAUGGCGUUGCAAUCACCAAGGCCUUUAAGGAUGAUCUGGAGAAUAGUUACCUGGCAGCACUACUUUCUGCCAUCCGGAGUAUCAAUAAUCCUCAAAAGUACUAUGAGAAGGUACUACGAAACGCUUUAAGCAAGCCAGGGACAGAUGAAGAUGCACUAACCCGAGUCAUUGUUACUAGGGCAGAAAAAGACUUGAAAAACAUCAAGGACUUAUAUUACAAGAGAAAUAGUGCAACUCUUGAUCAUGUUGUCGGAAAGGAAACUUCCAGUCAUUACAAAGCACUCCUUCUGGCUUUGUUAGGGAAAGAAGACUAACUAGAAAAUCGGUAUCUUAUUUCUAAAUAAGUGCUCUUUGCACGGUUUUUGUUCGACACUUUGUGUUUUACUAUUAAAACUUCUAUUUCUCCAUAAGUUCCGUUUGUAACUUGAUUGCAGUUUGUCUAUUGGCAAUAAUGCUGAAGUUUUUUUUUUUUUUAAUUAAUCUAAAUUGUGCUUCUAAACCUAAAGCCUCAUUUUGUUAUGAAAAGUGUGA